AUGCCUGGUCAAUCCGGUCCCUCUGAGCCUGGUGCAGCCGGCCAGCCAAGCGCCACCAUGACCAAUCCGCCAGAUACCGACAACAGAACCGCCCCCCAUCCCGAGCAAGAGAACUGGAGCAUAACCAACCUUCAUGACAUACUGUAUGUCUUGCGUCCGGGAACUGAGAACGCUAAAUCUAGACAUCGCGUCCAUAGCAAUGUCGGUCCCAUCUUUGGCAAGAUGAUUCGUAAUCUCCCCGUGCUCCCUAACCGUAUCUCCUCUCACGUUGAAGGCUGGCGUCUGGAAACCUGGAUGCGCCUGGACCGUCGUGUGACCCCAGAGGACAUACUGGAUCGCAUCAAUCCUGCCUUUCGCGGGAGCAUUACUGAGCACGAAAUCGAAGCCCGCCGCGCUCUAUUCCGCCAGACCUUCCACAUAGCUCACUGGGGAAACCAGAGGUCCAUGAACGAAAUCUCCCGCAUGGUGAGACACAGUGGAAGGGACCCUAAGCUGAACUCCACUAGAGGUUUGACUCCUGGUCUGAUCGUGCCAGCCGAAGGUGAAGCCGGUGGGCGCAUUCCUCUGCCGCCGCCGCCUCCUGUUCGCAAUCUUACCGGUCCAGCGGCGAUAAGUCCUAUGCCUGGCCAGUCAAGACAUUUCAUACAGCCGAAUGCAGCUGCGAACUUCUCAUUCCCUGGUCAGUAUAUAUUCUCUUUCAAGGCCCACAGUGAAACUGUGGAUACCCCCGGUUCCCGUACCCCAAUGAACGGCAAUAGCCAGGCGCUGAAUAUACCAGAGCUCAGGAUCACGUACGAGACCCCUCCCAAGCCCAGGCUGCGCCUGGAAGCUCCGUUCGUCAGGGAGUUCUCCCAGGCGCUUGUGGCGCAGCCCCGGACUCUCGACACUCGCCGCAAAAGAAAAUUGGACGUCGAUGCAGAUGUUUUUGCCCCGGUUUCGCAUGCUAAAAGAAAGAAAACCCGCCGCGAGACUAUCCCCUCCUUCCCCGAGUAUCCCAAGCCCCCCUUGGAGCUGGCGGCCUACGAGGGACCACCUGCUCGCUUCUUUACUGAACCGGUUGAGCCUGAACCAGAGCAGGAGAUGAAUCUCGAAAGGUACAUGGAAACCAACCGGCUUGGAUACUUGGACUUCUUGAAUGCUCGCUAUUUCGAUGACAUGGACUUCCCGCUUAACCGUGGCGCAGGAGCUUGGCUUUGA